CUGGGUCUAGUACAAGUGUUUUAACUUUAGCUACCUUAUGUGAUCCAGCUGCCUUAAUUGACACCAAAGCUGUCAGGUUUUAAAAAUAUAUAUAUCAGACAACUGUGGUCUCUAUGGUUACCAGAAGGGUACAAGGAAGAGAGGAGGUGGUGAGAACAGCUUGUUCUGAGGAUCUGAACUAAACUAAAAGAGGAGGGGAGGUAAUGGGCAGUUGUAACAGUGAUCACCAUACACUUUGAUCAGUCAGAUCUGUAUAAUGAUGCCCUAUAUGUUUUAUUUAUGCCUCUGUUUAUUCUAUUAUUUUAUCUGUUAUCUUUAAUGAAAGAAUAGCCAAUACAGAACUAUUGAUAGUCCCAGCCUUUCGCACAUGUAGAUAGGCACAGUGGGCAUAAUGGGCUUAUUGCAGACAGUACAUUGGCAGACACAAAGUCUGGCAUGUUCUGCAUCACCAUGGAAACGCAGCAUCAUUUUAGGAGCAACUGUUCCUGAAGUGCAUCUUGCAUUGGAGCAGUGAUCAAAAUAAUUUUGUAUUUCUAUUCACAACCUUUUCUACUCAUGUUUUCUAUCAAAUCUUUGUUUGUACUAUGCACUUGACAAUCUUCUGAAAUAUAGGCUUUAUCAGUGCAUUGCUAUAUAGCAUUGUAUAGCAAACGAUUUUUGUACUUUAUUUUGUACUUUUUGUUUGUUUGAUUCCUCAUUGUCUACUCAAUCAAGUAGCCUAUGUGAAUACAUUUUAUAUUUAGUUGACAUACAAACAAUUGUGUUUACUGACUAUUAGCAUUAGACAUUAGACAGGCAAGGUACAGUUACACGUAGAAGACAUCCCCAGUUUUGUAUAUUUAUUUAACUGUACUGAAAAUAUGAAAGAAUAUUUCGGUGGUGUGGAAUCCUUUUUGGAUAUCUACAUUUUUCAGAAUUAUACAAUCAUACAUUCAUAACACAGUACAUAAAACGUGUGCAUAGAGUCACUACAUGACUCAACACUUGAAUACCAACUCUACCGAGGCACGACAACGCGUGAGCGUGCGCGUACACACACCAAGCGUACUCGCCUCGAUGUGUUCUGUUUUGUGUUCUAACUUCCCUCUCCCUAGACACGUAAGUAACUACCCACUUUACAAAUUAUCUGUCAGAAGACCUGAAGAUUAUUUCAAAUUGGAGAGGCAGUCUGCACCACAAGAUUUGAGACUGACCACGGUCUGAGCUGGUGAGGGCGUCCUGGCAGCCAUACAAGUGUAAGCUUGUUUCCAGCUAUGGGGAAGGACUACUACAAGACUUUGGGUAUUCCAAAAGGUGCCAAUGAAGAGGAGAUCAAGAAGGCAUACCGACGCAUGGCCCUGCGUUUUCAUCCUGACAAGAACACAGAUGCAAAUGCAGAGGAAAAGUUUAAGGAAAUUGCUGAGGCCUAUGAAGUACUCAGUGAUCCAAAGAAAAGGGUUGUCUAUGAUCAGCUGGGAGAAGAAGGUUUAAAGACGGGGGGAAGCAGCUCCUCAGGUGUCCCUGGCAGUUCAGCAUAUCACUAUACGUUCCAUGGAGAUCCCCACGCCACAUUUGCUUCUUUCUUCGGAGGCUCAAACCCCUUUGAUAUGUUUUUUAGCUCUAGCCGUAACCAUAACCGUUCUAAUGGUUUCUCCUUUCACAAUGAUCACAACAAUGAUGGAGACCAGGACAUGGACAUUGAGGAUGAGGACCCCUUCAGCCAUUUUGGGAGGCAGUUUGGUUUUACAGGCGGCAUGAAGAAUGGUUUUGCUGGAGAGGGCCGUCGCAGGAGGGGUGUCCAUUCAGAACGACUUGGAGCUAGUCAAAAACACCAGGAUCCUCCUGUGGUCCAUGAGCUGAAGGUCUCGCUGGAAGAGAUCUUCCAUGGAUGCACCAAGAGGAUGAAAAUUACACGACGCAGAUUGAAUCCAGACGGCAGGAGCAUGAGGACUGAAGACAAGAUCCUCAACAUUGUCAUAAAGAAAGGCUGGAAGGAAGGCACCAAGAUCACCUUUCCAAAAGAGGGGGAUGAAACCCCUGAGAACAUUCCUGCAGACAUAGCCUUUGUGCUCAAAGACAAGGGACAUGCUCACUUUAAGAGAGAUGGUUCAAAUAUCAUCUACAGUUGCAAGAUAAGUCUAAAAGAGGCCUUGUGUGGUUGCACCGUGAGCAUUCCUACUCUGGAAAACCGUGUCAUCUCACUCCCAUGUCAUGACAUCAUCAAGCCCGGGACAGUCAAGCGACUCAGAGGAGAGGGUCUGCCCUUUCCUAAAAACCCUUUGCAGCGCGGAGAUCUCAUCGUGGAAUUUUCUGUACACUUUCCCGACAGGAUCCCUCACCAAUCCAAAGAGAUCAUCAGACAACACCUGCCACAGUCAUAACAACGUCUCACUAAACACACAUCAUGUAAUACCCUUUUAUAUCCACACUGGACUCUUGUAUUGUUGCUACAAUUCCCUUAAGCCAUUAUAAUAUACAUUUUUGUGAAUAAGUGCCAACAGGGAUGGUACUAAUAAGAUGUAUUUAUUUAUAUUAAACACAUCCUGGGGAAGGUUACGUUGAAGAGAUAGAAAGCAGGAUAGUUGUUUAAAGUAAAAUACUUUCAUAUUUUUGCAGACUUGGUAGUGGGUCUUUUGCAGUCUUUUGUAAGAGGACAAAUAACUGUCAUAGUGUCAGUUUUAAUCGAUGAAACACAUUUGGUCUUGUAGUUUUGAUCUGUAAACUCAAACUCCAGGCUGUUGAAUAUUAGAAAAUAUGUCUGUGAUGAUAAUACAAUAAAACAAGCGUAAUAAUCGAAAAUAUAACCUUUGAACUUAUGUACCAGAUGUAGAAAAGACAAUCAAAACUUACACAGCAGAGGAUAAUGCAAUCUGCAUUGAACAUGGGUGCUUUCCCCUGGCUCUAGGCCUCGGGACUGUCAGGUGCCUUAGUCCAGUCCCAUAAGCCACCACAGGAAACAUACAGUACAUCUGUACAACCAGCCAUAUUAUAUACAUAAAAUACAGUGCUACAAGUGGGAUUAGUAAUUUUUCUGACAGACAGGAAGGGGACUUUUUACCAAACGUAUGUGAAACAUGAAGUUUACCAUAUAUACAUAUGUACUCUGGGAGGGCAAAUGUGUUUCAAAUCAUCAGUUAGCUGUGCAAAAGAGUACACUUUACAGUCAAUGUUUUCCUAGAGUCUGUACAUCUUUACAAUAAUUCUAAAUGAACUUGAAUAGUUGUUUUGUAUAAUUGGUGUUGGCGGUUUUUUAAACUCUUUACUCUUAUACUGAAGUUCUUACAGCACAGAUACAAAAUAGUAUUAUUUCAAACAUCUGUAAUCCACUUGAAUGGACCUCUGGACUAUGGCUGUAAUCUGAACACGCAUGCACUGUUGCUCAUUGACUGACUGUCACUGCUUGUGUGCAUUUGACAUGUUAAUAAUGUUUUCAAAAUGGAAUCAAAUAAACCAAA